UUGCCAACAGAAAACAUGGGAGUGAAUGUUAUUGUGAUUUCAUUGGGUUUACCAAGUCAUAUCAGGGUUGUUUCAAACGUUGCUAAGCGCCUUAUUUCGAAGGGUGUUCAUCAUGUUACCAUUGUAACCACAGAAGCAGCACGCCAUAGCAUACUAAGAAACAAUCCAAGUUCACAAACCUCAAACAUUAGCUUUGAGUUCUUUUCCGAUGGCCUUAGCCUUGAUAACAAUCGUAGUAAUCCAGAAGAAGUAAUAAAUUCUCUUGAAACAGAAGGCUCCAAGAAUCUAUCAAGUCUCAUCUCUGAUCUUAAAAAGGUUCAGGACUAUUCUUGUAUGAUUAUUGGCCCAAUCUUCCAUUGGGCUAUAAAUAUUGCCGUUGAGCAUGGUAUUCCUUGUGCACUACUUUGGAUCCAAGCUUCUGCCGUUUACUCCAUUUGCUAUCGCUACUUCAAGGGCAUUGAUGAAUUCCCCAACAUGGAGGACCUGAAUGAAAACAUGCACUUACCAGGAUUUCCAACAUUUCAGAUAGAUAACUUAGCCAUGGCUUUAAAGAACAGCAACAUGCCAUUCUUAUGGGUGCUUAACCCAUUCAAUAACGAAGGUGAUGCCGAAGAAAUGCUGCCUGAGUUUCUAGAAGAUACCAAAGAGAGGGGUUUGGUGGUGAAAUGGUGCCAGCAAGAUAGGGUUUUGAUGCACCCUUCUAUUGCAUGUUUUGUGAGUCAUUGUGGGUUUAACUCCAUGAUAGAGACUAUCCUUGCUGGGGUGCCAGUUGUUGGUUUUCCAUUUUAUUCUGACCAUCCUACAGAUGCCAUGCUUAUAACUAAUGUAUUUGGAAAUGGGGUCAGAGUCAAGUGUGGUGAAGAUGGUGUUACUAGCGCUCCAGAGUUUGAAAGGUGCAUUUGGGAAGUCACUCAUGGACCCAACGCUAAAGAGAUUAAAAAGAGGGUACUGGAGGUGAAGGAGCUAGCAAAAAAAGCGGCACAAGAAGGUGGUAGUGCUGAUAAAUACAUUAAACAAUUUAUCAGUGAAAUUACUAAAUAGAAAACUACAAUUAUUAUUGGAUUAAGUUAUGGUUUUGAGACAUUGUUCCCUUUGAUGAUAUUGCGUUUCUAAAUAAAAUCAUGGUAUCUCGAUCCUAGUUGUUUUUGUUUGUAAUAGUUCCAUUGUUCGUUGUAAUGUUGCAGGACCGAUCAAUAACUGUUUGAAAAAUAAUUACUGCUUUUGUUUA